GUCAUGGUCAUGGUCAUGGUCAUGGUCUCGGUCUGACUGAAUGGCUUUUGACUGCUGCCCCUCCAGAUGGCCGUCUGCUCCUGAAAGCCUGAGAUUUGUUCCCCGGAUUGGCGGUGAGUGAUGCACUUCCUCCUCCCGUUCAAUCCCAACCAUCGCGUCCCCGUCCUCUUCCCCUUCCCCUUCCCCUUCCACUUCCUCCGCCGACCCGCCUCUUUUGUCCUCGUCACCGUCUUCUGCUCCGCUGCUGUCUUGAUCGUCGCUCUCAUCCUGGCAUCGCCUCAUCGUCCAGCAACAUCCUCUCUGCUGCCGCGUCUGGGUGCGUUGAUCUCUCAAUUUCCGCUGGCAUCACCCCCCACCGCCCUCUUAAGCGUCAUAUCGGGCCUUGGCAUCAGAUCCCAAUCCCAACGAAGCCCCUCUGCCCACGCGAUCAGCGCCAAUAUCCUCAACAACAACAACAUCCGCGCCACAAACAACGCAGCAGCAGACACCCCGCUCACCACCAUGGCCUACGAGAAGGAGCUCAAGGUCGCCCAGCUGGCCGUCGCCCGCGCCGCCAUCCUCACCAAAGCCGUCUUCCACGAGAAGGCCAAGGGCACCGUGUCCAAGGACGACAAAUCCCCCGUGACGAUCGGCGACUUUGGCGCCCAAGCCCUGAUCAUUGCCGCCAUCAAGCACAAUUUCCCUGCCGAUGAAGUCGUCGGUGAAGAAGAGGCCUCCUCUCUCCGCGAACAGAAGGAGCUCUCAUCUAAGAUCUGGAACCUCGUCAAGGAUGCCCGACUCACCGACCCCGAAAGCGACGCCCUGCUCGGCGGACCGCUCAAGUCUGAAGAGGCCAUGCUCGACGCCAUCGACCAGGGCAACUCGGCCGGCGGCAACAAGGGCCGCAUCUGGGCGCUGGACCCCAUUGACGGCACCAAGGGUUUCCUCCGCGGCGGACAAUACGCCGUGUGCCUCGCCCUCAUGGUCGACGGCGACGUCAAGGUCGGCGUCCUGGGCUGCCCGAACCUGCCUGUCGACGACUCGGCCCCGCUGACCGAGGACAUGGGCGCCGCGGCCACCGACGCGGAGGGCAAGGGCGUCCUCUUCUCGGCCGUGCAGGGCGAAGGCGCGAGCUCGCAACCCCUGACCCGGGGCCCCGUGACCAAGGGCCAGCCGAUCCACGUGAGUAAGAUCGCCAAGGUGAGCGAGGCCGUCAUGUGCGAGUCGGUCGAGCCGGGCCACUCCAGCAAAGGCGACAACGCGCUCAUCGCCGAGAAGCUGGGCAUCACCGGCCGCCCCGUGCAGAUGGACAGCCAGGCCAAGUACGGCAGCGUGGCCCGCGGCGCGGGCGACCUGUACCUCCGCCUGCCCGUGCGCAAGGACUACAUCGAGAAGAUCUGGGACCACGCCGCCGGCGACCUGAUCGUGCGCGAGGCCGGCGGCCAGGUCACCGACGUCGCCGGCAAGCGCCUCAACUUCAGCCUCGGCCGCACCCUGCUCGAGAACAAGGGCGUCGUCGCCACCCCGGCCAACGUCCACGCCGAGGUCCUCAAGGCCGUCCAGGAGGUGUUGGGCGCGAAAUAAUUAAGGCCGUCCCAACCAAGAUCGGUCCAAGAAGGGGAUAGAGGUAUAGAGAAAAAAUUGCUUGGCGUCAGGUCAACAUGAACGAGACCCAGGAGCUAUGUGAUUUGAUCGAUUCAUCGAAUGAUUUUGAUUUGACUGAAUGAAUGUAUGUGGUUUGGGCCCAGUGAUGGCACGCUACGGUAUGCUAUACCCCGUGCUGCCACAUCCAGAUCUACCCAUCUAUCUACACGCCUACCUUACCAUCACGAGGACGUUCUCAGGAAUGAAUGAUUGACGGUUCAAAGGAAAAGAAACGAAAAAGGGUUCAAGAUGAAAGAAGCGCGAAUGCAUAGACCACCCGACCACCUGUGUUUGGUACAUGUUAGAUAGCUUUAGCUAGCUACUAGACAGGUUUUUUUCCAUCUCUGUCUGUGAAUGAGUCUUGAGCCUUACAACCUUUUGAAAACUUG